GGCCCGGUGCGGGCCGCCAUGGGGCCGCGGGCGCUGCCGCUGCUGGAGCCGGGGCGCCGCCCGCAGCCGGCCAAUUGGUACCGGCUGUCGCCGCGCGGUGACGGGCCCCGCGCACGCGUGGGCCAUGGCUGCCUCUUCCUUCCCGGUGGCAGAUCUGGCCGUGUCCUGCUCCUGGGCGGCGCAGACCCCGCCGGUGCCUUCUCGGACGCCCACUUCAUGGAGCUAGGUUCUCACCGCUGGACCACUGCCGACUGGAACGGACUGCGGCCGCGCUACGAACACGCUACGUUCCUGUCCGCCGCUGUCCGCCCGCGCCUCUGGGUCUUUGGUGGCGCCCACCCGGCUGGGAACCGCAGCUGCGUCCAGAUGCUGGACCUUGAAGUAGGAACCUGGGAGAGUCCUGAAGUGAGCGGUGUGCAGCCGCUGCCUAGGACAUUUCACACCUCCUCAGCAGCUAUAGGAGACUGUCUGUAUGUGUUUGGAGGAGGAGAUAAAGGAGCAGAGCCGGUGAAAGACCAGCGGCUUCAUGUGUUUGACACAGCCACCUUGACCUGGUCCCAGCCAGACACUCACGGGGAGCCCCCCUCUCCUCGGCAUGGACACAUUGUGGUUGCAGUCGGGACCAAACUCUUCAUCCAUGGAGGCUUAGCUGGAGAUAUUUUUUACAAUGAUAUGUUCUGCAUUGAUAUAAAUGACAUGAGAUGGGUUAAGAUUCCAGCCACUGGUGACAUCCCUGGAGGACAGGCAUCCCACUCAUCAGCUGUGUUUAAGGACCACUUGUACAUUUUUGGUGGAAUAGGUCCUGAGGGGACACUAGACACUACAUACAAAUACCACACAGGGAAGCAGCAGUGGACACUCCUGCAUUUCAAUUCCCCUUUGCCUGCUGGGAGGCUGGACCAUGCCAUGUGCAUCAUUCCAUGGCCGGCUGGCAAGACCAAAGACAGAGGAGCUGUUGCCUGGGAGGACAAAGCUGAAACACAGAUGGCUGUGUCAGCAGAUGAUAAAGCUGGCCCUGGCUGGAAGAGCCAGGAGGAGUGUGAUGAAGAUCCAGUCAUGCAUCUGCUGUUGGUAUUUGGUGGAAUGGACACACAGGGUGAGAUAUUCAGAGACUGCUUGGUCAGCCUGAUUGACUAGCAGGGAUGUGGCCUGUACAGCAUGAAACUUUUCUACAGCUUUCAUAAUAA